AUGAACGACAUCCGUGCCAUGAGCAACGCCGGCAACAUCAGCGCCGCCGUGGAACUGUUCCAGCUCGUCGUGUACACCCCCACGCUUACCCUGGGACUGCUCUUCAACGCGAUGGCUCUGUCGUGCCUGUUUUUUAAGGUUAAAAAGCUGACGGAAUCUACAGUCUACAUGACAGCCCUUAUUUUCCUGGAUACUUUGCUGCUGUUUACUCUUCCCUUCAAAAUAAUUUCCUACCACCUUAAGGACGACUGGAACUUGGGGUCUGUGUUUUGCUCCGCUUUGGAGAGUCUUUACUUUGUAAACAUGUACGGCAGCAUCCUCAUCUCCCUCUGCAUCUGCGUAGACCGGUACCUUGCCAUCCAGCACCCCUUCAUGGCUCGCACCCUGCGAUCCCCCACGAAAGCCGCUCUGGUCUGCGCUGUCGUCUGCCUGGGCACCUCAGCAGGGACGGUCUCCACGUUCCAGCUUCACGGGCAGGGCCACGACAUCUCGUCCUGCUUCCACAACUUCUCCGAGAGCACGUGGGAGAACACAGGCCUGUUCAGCGCCUUGGAAACCACCUUCUUCGGCACCAUGGCGGCCAUGACCUUCUGCACCGUCCAGACCAUCCGGUGUUUGAGAAAGCUGCGGCAACCCGACAGCCCCCGAACGCAGGCCAGCAGAGCGGAGAAGAUCGUGCUGACGAACCUGGCAGCGUUUUUGCUCUGCUUCACGCCUUACCACGUGGCGUACCUCCUGUACUUUCUGGUGAAGAACCACAUCAUUCACCCCAGCUUUCAGAAAGUCCUACGAGACACCAUUCAGGUCACCCUUUGCUGGGCAAACCUCAACUGCUGUCUUGACGGGGCGUGUUAUUAUUUCGUUUUAAAGGAGUCCUUGGAAGACCCACUGCAAAACAGUGAACAUGCAGUGACACAAAAGCCUUGA